GAUAGCUUCACAGACACAGCUCCGGCAGCAUGUCGGACUGUUCCAUGGCCUGGCUAUUCCUUGGCCUUCUGCUGUUCCUGCUCCAAAAGGAGCUCUGCACCUCCGCAGCGAGCGAUGCCACCACCUCGACUGGCAGCAGCUUCCAGCGCAUCUACCAAACCGAACAGACACUGCGUAAUGCCAAGGGCAAGGAGAUGCGCUCGUACAUGAAUCUCAGUGUCGAUCCCUGUACGGAUUUCUACGAGUAUGCCUGCGGUGGCUGGCAAGCGGCAGCCGGCCCCCUGCUGCAGCUGCACCAACGCACAGAUGUGGACCUGCUACGCUUGCUGGAGGAGACUGCCCAUCGGGAGGACAGCGGCGUGGCCAGGCAGGCCAAGGAGUUCUACAAGUCCUGCCUGGUGGCCCAGGCACAGCAGAGCCAGCAGCAGCAGCAGUUCCUCAGCGAACUGAUCCAACAGAAUGGCGGCUUUCCCGCCGUUCCCGGAUCCAAUUGGGAGGUGCAUCAUCACGACUACGACUGGCUGAAGGUCUUGGGGGAGCUGAGGCGCCGCUACGGGCUAGACAUACUGAUUGGUCUAAGGAUCGGCUACAACUAUGAGAAUGUCCAUGAGAACAGCAUCUAUUUGAGCGAACCGAGCACCCUGAUCCCCAGGGAACUGUGCACCCAGAAUCGCCUCGAUAUACGCGACAUGGCCUAUGAGCCGCUGGAGCGGCGCGUGGCCGCUGAACUGAAGGCCUGGCUGGCUGUCAGCAAUGAUGCAGCCGCCCGUUUGGCCGCGGAUAUUCUGAGCUUCGAGCACGAGCUAUGCGGCGGCAUGAUGCAGGACUUUUCUGACUCCCCCUGGGAUGCCGAACAACAGCUCUACGCUGGAAAUUACACGCGCAAGACCCUUGCGAACUUCUCCAAAGUCUACGAACUGAAUCUGGAGUCGUAUGUGACGGCUAGUUAUGGGAAAGUGAUCUUCAAGCCAGUGUACAUGGCCGCACCCAAGUACUACCGCCAGCUGCAGCGCACAGUGGCCGCUCACAAUUCCAGCCAAGUGGCCAACUACAUCAUGUAUCGGGCACUGUCCGCGGUGACCUUUCCCCUGGAGGAUCGCACGCACUUGAGGCGCAACGUGUGCCUGGGACUCAUCAAGCAGCACCUGCCCACGGCCCUGGGGGAGCUCUAUGCCCGGCAGUUUGCCAGCGAGGAUGCGCGCAAGGAUCUGGAGACACUCUAUGGCCAGCUGCAGGACGCUCUGAAGCAGAGCCUGAGCGCCGAGUGGCUGGAGGAGGGCAGCCGGCGUGUGGCACAGCGCAAGCUGUCGGACUUGAAGCUUCACUUGCCCCACUACGAGCGGCCAUUGAACUACAAGCUGCAGCUGGAGCGGAACAACUACUGGUCGAAUCUUCGCCAGCUGCUGGGCGCUGUGCAGGAACAGCAAAUGGGUCGCCUCUUCGAGGAGGAGCUCCCCGCGCCCAGUGACCCCGUGGAGGCGUAUGAGGCACGAGUGCGGUACCGCCCCGUCCAGCGGCACAUCGACAUAGGGUUGGGCCUGCUGCAGGCUCCCUUCUACGAUCCGCACUACGGGCAGUCGCUGCGCUAUGCGACGCUGGGCGUGGCUGUGGCACGCCAGAUGGCCAUGGCCUUCGAUGAUCCACACUGGUCCGUGGACCUGCUGGAGCGGGACCAUUGGGAUGGUCUAACCGCCUGGAGAUAUCACGAUCGGAGCGAGUGCUUCAGCCGCCAGGUGGAGGAGUAUCUGCACGCCAAUGCCAGUGCCACGCGGCAGCUGAUCGCCGACAGUGCCGCCCUCAAUGUGGCCUUUCGAGCCUACCUCACGUGGCUGGGCUUCAAGGAGCCGAACAACGAUUUCAAUCUGCUCUCCAAGGAGACCCUUCCAGGCCUUAACUACUCCAAUACGGCGCUCUUCUUUGUGGCCUACGCCCAGCAGCACUGCAGCCGGGAGGAGAGUCAUCGUUGGUCGUCUUCCUGGGCCAAAGAGCUGCCAUCGUACAGUGCCCAGCAGAAUCACACUUGGCCACGCCUGCAGGUCAAUGGCCCCUUGCGGAAUCUUGAGGAUUUUGCCAAAGAAUUCCAUUGUCCCAUGGGUUCGGCCAUGAAUCCGGCAACCAAGUGCAACAUAUACUAGGAAGCCACAAAAGCUUGAUGAUAAACUUAGGAAUUGUAUCGAUAAAUGUUCAAGUUUCAAUAGAAAGGUUCUAGAAUUUAA